CAACCUGGAUAUCCUGUGGUGCAGUGUCGUAUAUGUAUGUUCGCAGUGGCUGAUCCCGGACGUCGUUGUAAACGGGAGUAUAUGCUGGAAUUCUGGGUGCAAAUUUGAAAGUCGCUACUGACGAUUUAAUACAUCCAUUAUCGAUUAUUCAGGGUUUUUUUGCGGUAUGCUGAUUGUGCCCUUUUUUGGAUUUGGAAUUUGCACAAAUAUGCGGCUAAAUAUACGACGUUCAGUUACUGUGCCUGUCAAGUUUGCUCAGCUAGAUACUCUUCAUGCCUGUAUAUCUGUUGUAACAAGGAAAUACUUUUGAACAACACUAAUAGGUGUUGGUUUUCAUCAAAUUGAAGGACAACAGGCGGGCUGGGUUAGGCAUUGCUCAACCGAUUAACGAAUGCUGGAAAAAACAACUAAGACUUGUGUGCGGGAAACGUAUUCUUUGCGAAUUGUUAGGUCCAAGUGGUUUCUUUAAAAACCGUUUGUGCCGGUUGAACUGCGCAGCAUGUGGAUUGGAAUCGUGUUUGGUGCCGCUUUACUGGUUAAUCGCACUCUUCGAUGUUCGGCUCAAUCAGAUAUUCAUCCAAAUGUUAUCAAACGAGAGACCGGUCCGGAUGUUGUCCAACAAGCAUUACAGUAUGUGGACAGUGUAAAACCAGGGAACUGUGAUGGCGGCACGUCAAAUACAUUAAACGUUGUUUUUGAUAACUCCCAGUGGAAACCGCAAGCCAAUGCGGCAGUGCGAUUGUCGAAUUUACUGACGAAGAACUGGUUGAUCACCAACGGAACCGGCGGGAGCAUGGACGAUGAGACUCUGUUUGCCAUGACCCGAACCACAAUCGAAAUCGAGGAACUGGCGUUCGGAAGUGCUAUUGCCUUUGAGCCGUACUUCUACCGGAACAUGUCUAAAUUUUGCGCCUACAGUUUUCAUACCGGAAAUAAUUCCAUCAAAUCCCACGAUAUCAGCGUGGAAUACGAUUACUUUCCAUCCGAGUGGUAUUUAGGAACGAAAGUGAAAGCCUUGAACUUGAGCAGAAUUUUGGAACGGGAUGUGACAUUAAGACUAAGUGAGUACAAUCAAACUGGAGUAAAGGUUCACAAAAACACCACACAUUUUAACGAACCCAUCGCGAUAUAUGAGGAUGGGUUCUGGACGAAACCCUACUUUGAUUGCGGUGGCGGCGACAUAUGGAUGAUAACUUUUAACAGUCCGAUUUUCGCGCAUUAUAACGGAUCGUUUACUUUCGCGGGUGUAGCGACAUGUGAUGUGGCACUCAAUAUUUUGGACAUAAAUCAAUGCGAUGUUACGGAAAAGUCUUCCAAAUUGGCGUUGGAUGUCUUCCGAGGCACGCAUCACUGCAAAGGACCAACCACAGAAUGUAUUCCGCGAACCGGCUUUGGAUUUCGGAGGGGAACGUAUUUGUGCAUCUGUAAGCCGGGUUACUAUUUCCCUAACAAAUCCAGCGAUUUGCAAGCGUUUUCCGGUUUUGACGUGGAAAAUGCCUACUCACAAUGGACCACCAAUGGAUCUGGUGACUAUAUUUCCGGCUUCCAGUGCCUUCCUUGCCCAAAAAACUGCCCAAACUGCAUUGACGAUUCGCCUUGUAAAAUCGCGCUUCCAAUUACCGAAAUGACGGUGGGUGUGGCUUUGGGUGUGAUGUUGAUUGGUGGUGUGGUCGGCUUCCUCAUGUACAAACGGGCUCAAGAAUUAGCCGCUCUGUCGUCGAUGGACUGGCUGGCACAGUGGAGCGAACUGACCUACAAUGAGGGAUCAAAAUCCCGCAGUUCACGAAUGUCCGUUAUGACCGUGGAAUCCCGGAAGAGUGAAAUGAACACCAAACAAGAUCGUGCCACGCUGUUCUCGGAAAACGCCGUCGCCCGCACCCACCAAGUGUUCUUCCGCGGGAAUCUGGUACUACUGCGCAUGUGCGAAAAAAAGAAAAUUGACUUAACGAAAGAAGUGCGAGAGGAGGUGAAGAAAGUACGCAUUGUCACUCAUGAGAACCUCAUGCGCUUUGUGGGUGCCAUUCUCGGUCCGGACCAGACGGCGGUUCUGAUGGAGUUCUGCUCAAAGGGUUGUCUUCAGAACUUAUUAAACAACGACGCUUUUAAGCUGGAUGAUUUGUUUAAAACAUCAUUGAUUAACGAUAUGGUCAAAGGAAUGGUGUACAUUCACGGCUCAUCGCUGCAAGUGCACGGCCGGCUGACUUCGCGCUGCUGCUAUAUUGAUAGCCGAUUCGUGCUAAAGAUUGGAGAUUACGGAUUGGCGACGUUCUACGACAAUCCACCACCAUUGAUCCCGGAUAACGAAUAUUUCACAACACUGCUCUGGAAAGCGCCGGAAGUGAUCAACAACGUCACCGGCAACACUUACGAAGCCGAUGUUUACAGUUUCGGUAUCAUACUGCAAGAAAUCAUUCUACGCGAGGAACCGUUUGCCAUGUAUCCAAUAAGUGCUGAAGAAUGCGUCCAGCGCGUUAUAAAAAACCAGGAACCGCCGUUCCGGCCAACUAUCAAAACCGAAGCCGCUCCGCCGGCAUUAAUAGCCUUGAUGGAAAAAUGUUGGGCACAGAAUCCUUCGAGCCGCCCAAGAUUCCAGGAGAUCCGUAGUACAAUGAGACAAGUUUUUAAAAAUGAGGAUCAGCAGGGCAACAUAAUGGACAUACUGUUACAACGAAUGGAACAGUAUGCGGAAAACCUGGAGGGUCUCGUUGAAGAAAAAACGCAAGCAUUUUUGGAGGAAAAGAAAAAGAGCGACCAGUUGUUAAGCCAGUUGCUGCCAUCAACUGUUGCGGAACAGCUAAAAAAGGGUCAGUCGGUAAACCCGGAAGCCUACGAGAGCGUUUCCAUAUUUUUUAGUGAUAUUGUGGGAUUUACUACUAUGUCUUCCGAGAGCACUCCAUUACAGAUUGUGGACUUCCUAAACGACUUGUAUACGUGCUUUGACGGCACCAUUAAACAGUUUGACGUAUACAAGGUGGAAACGAUUGGUGACAGUUACAUGUGCGUUUCCGGAUUGCCAAUCAGGAAUGGGAUGGAGCAUGCGCAGCAGUUGGCCAAAAUGGCCCUGCGGUUGCGAGAACAUGUGUCCACGUUUAAAAUUCGCCACCGACCGUCCGAUAGGCUGAAUUUGCGGAUCGGAAUGCAUUCAGGACCAUGUGUCGCUGGUGUUGUCGGACUAACGAUGCCUCGUUAUUGCCUUUUUGGGGACACGGUUAACACUGCAUCCCGUAUGGAGUCUACCGGAGAAGCUCUCAGAAUUCAAAUCAGCUCCGCAAUGCACGGGUUACUGGAGAACUUUGGAUAUUUUGAAUACGAAGAACGAGGCGAAAUCCCGGUUAAAGGCAAAGGUCAUAUCCGAACGUACUGGCUCCUGGGAGUGCAGUCCGAACGAAGGAAAUCGAAUGUGCAAGAGGCUACUCAAAUAUACGUACAACCAAUGCACGAAGAAGAUUCAAAAUUUAGAUAAACUUGCCAUGUUUGCGGUAUCAUAUCGCUGUAGUCGUUGUACAAAUUUGUUGAAGACUACUUUAAUUUAUUGAAAUGCCAACCGCUCGAGGUUUUCUGAUAAUCUCAAGUGUGUUUACAGUAGUUCAUGUGGUAAACAGAUUGAUAGUAGUUCACUGUGUUAACCUGUAUCGUUAAUAAAGCCACCCGUA